UCUCUUUUGGCUACCAACAGAAGCAACAAUGGCAUGGACAAUCCAAGUUUUCCCACCUCAAACAGCUCUCAACGGCCCAGCGACGCAUGCUCAGGCAGCACAGUAUUACCGUCCGUGUUGGCGCUGCGGGGUCAAACAGCUCGGCCGAAAUCGUGGGAUAUCGGCCCAUCAAGUGGCGGGAGUUUUCUUUGAUGACUGCAGUAGUGUAGUUCUCCAGUUGAGGUUCUUUCAUAUAUGGACCACCGUUGAUUGGCCCGGGGAGGAGGAAUUCAUGGCACCUUUGCACUAUCGACACUGAACACCCUUCUGAGAGUUCGAAACCACUGACUUGAUGUGAUGCUGCAGAAGGGCCUUGCCAGUUCUGGUCUCUCGGAUGGCAAGCGGACGAUUGUGGUUGGGCGGAGGACUGGUGUGGCACAGCCCGGCAGUCUUACGCGGUUACACAAGGCUCAAUGAUAACCACCAACAACACCAAGUAGAACUGUAUCCCGUCCUUGGCUUGUCGAUGAUUGAGCGAUUUCAGACCAACCGCUCGUGUGCAGUGUCGAGCAUCACGCAAUAUUGACUCCCGGUUGACCGUGAGGAGACACCAACUCGUCCAGCUGGCUGGCGAUUAUGUCGAUGAAGAUCAGCUUCCAUUUCGACAUGUGAGCUCUCAUUGGGUUGCAACCCUCCGAACCUGACCAAGAUUUUCUGCAGACGCGGGCCAAGACCUUUACAGGAGAGGGGAAAGAUACCUGCAGGCGGAAGGUGGAGCGAUAGACUGGUGAUAGGGCCCUGCAGGAUGCCCUCCGAACUGGGGGGUGUGUAAGAUGGUUAGGGUUUGAUCUUGGCGAGAGUGAUGCCCGCUCAUCAGUCCUCUUAACAAGAGGUUGAGCCCGCUGUUUUGGACGAGGCAGAUGGGGCAAAGUUCCAGUUCUUCUGUUGAUAAUCUGACUUUGCUCGGAACACACUGACGGCAGUAAUGGCAGUCAUGUUGAUAUUACUAGGUGGUCUGGUCACCUGGUUCGUUGGGUGGAUCAUCUACUGUCGAUGGUUACAUCCCUACUCCAAAUACCCGGGUCCUUUUCUCGCCUCUUUCUCGAGACUGUGGAUCAUCAAGGAGCUGUACUCGGGUCACUUAGAGGUCACGUUGAAAAAGUGGCACGCAAAACAUGGUCCCAUCAUUCGCAUCGCCGAGAACGAGGUGUCUGUCUCAGACUCAACCGUUAUCAAGGCCAUCUAUGGAGCCGGGACAACUUUUACCAAGACUGAGUUUUACUCGGCUUUCUCAAUGCCAUGGUCCCGAUUCCCGGAGCACUUCUGUAACAUAGACCCCAAGUCCCACGGCGAGCGCCGCAAGCUGGUCAACCAUGUCUACACCAUGACCAACGUCGGCCGCUACGAGCCAGCCAUCGAAGAGUGUAUCGAACUUCUUUAUCAACGUGUCAAGGACGCCAGCGAGUCUGGCAGGCCAACUGACAUGGCUCUUUGGCUUCGCUACUACGCCUUUGACGUGAUUGGUAUCCUUUUCUUCAGCCGUCCGUUUGGUUUUCUGGAGACCAAAAAGGAUUACAGGGGCUGGAUCAACGCGACCGACGUGCUGAUCCUAUUCAUGGCAGCCUCUGCGUUUGUGCCCCGUUGGAUGCGCAGUCUUGUUUUGAUGACCUCUAUUGUCGUUCCCGGUGCGAUGGCAGCUGUCAAGGCGAUGGACACGAUGUCAGAUGCGGGGUUUGAGGCUGUUGAGAAACGACAGAAGGAGCUGGAGGAGAGCGGUGGCGUGAUGGAGAAGGAUGAUAUGCUGGCUAGCUUCUUCCGAGUGAUGGAGGAGCACGGGGAUUUGGAUAACUUUGGUCCGCCGGAGAUUAGAGGGGAGAUUUACACCGCUAUCAUCGCAGGAUCCGACACCACGGCUAGUGCCAUCACCUCAGUUCUUUAUCACCUCACGAAAAACCCUAGAACCUACUGGAAGCUCAGAGACGAGAUUGAUACGGCCGUUGCCGAGGGUCGGAUCAGCUCGUCUGGGAGAGUUAGGUAUGCUAAUGCAGUCAAGCUGCCUUAUUUUGACGCCUGCUGCAAGGAGGGCAUGAGGGUCCACGCCAGUCUUGGUCUGUCGUUCCCGCGGUACACCCCCAAGGAAGGGGUUGAGCUCCUGGGAGAGUUCUUCCCUCCUGGGGUGAAAGUCGGAUGCAACCCUCAGAUUGUACAGCGUGAUAAAGGUGUGUUUGGAGAGGAUGCAGAUGAGUUUGUGCCGGAGAGGUGGUUAGGUCGUAAUGCUGCUGAUUUGGAGAGACACAUGCUAAAUUUUGGUGGUGGACCCCAUAUGUGCUUGGGCAAGAAUAUCUCAAUGAUGGAAAUUUACAAGGCCCUUCCAGAACUAAUCCGCGAUUACGAUUUCGAGUUGGUGGACCCGAAGAAGGAAUGGACUCUGAUCAACCGGUGGUUCCAUCAGCCCAAGAAUGUUCAGACAAUUGUUACCAAGAGGAAGAAAUGAAUAUGAGAAAGCUGUGAAGGGUUCUGGCCAGGAAGUAAGUUCGGCAUUGGGUUUGAGUUUGCAAUACUAUACACGGCACGAACUUAAUUCCAUACCUUAAGUCCGCAUGCAUUUGAAGUACCAACAAACUCGAGUGUGGAUGGAUUCGGGAUAUUUACCCCUGACAUGCCAC